UCAGUUUUUCAUUUUUCAGUUCAAGUGCAUCUUGCAUCACUUUCUUUGAAUCCGUAUUCAUCCGGAAGGUUUUCUUGCAUCCCACGAUUGCUUUAUAUUCCUCUCCUCCUUUAUUAUCCGUAUUCGACUUUUUGAAUCCGUAUUCCUCCGGAAUCAACCUUUCGGAAUCAACUUUUUGAUUGCUUUAUUCGGAAUCAACUUUUUGAACGGUUUGAUUGCUUUAUUCGGAAUCAACUUUUUGAAUCCGUAUUUAUCCGGAAUCAACUUUUCAUCCAAGCUUUGUCUUUUAUCCAAGCCGCAUUCAAUCCGUUUUCAUCAGGAAUCAACUUUUAGUCCGAAAUCAGCUUUUCAUCCAAGCCGCAAUCAAUCCGUAUUCAUCCGGAAUCAGUUUUUGUGCGAAAUCAGCCUUUUCAUCCAACCCGUUUUCAUCCGAAAUCAGCUUUUUAGCCCGAAAUAAGCGUUUUUCAUCUAAGCCGAUAUCAUUCGAAAUCAACGGUUUCAUCCGUUAUUCAUUUUCGUUUUCAUCCGUAAAAUCUAUCUUUCUUAUAAUCAUCCGCAAUCAGCAUUUUGUUUCUAAAAAACCUAAUAAAUCUCCGUUUUCAUUCGAAUUCAACGUUUUCAUCUAAUCCGUUUCAAAAUCAGCAUUCUGUCUUCAUCAUUCUCAAUUUGUCGCAACUGAUUCAGAUCUGGAAGGAUAUAGAUCAGAUUUUAUAACAAAAACACAAAACAAAAUUCUCAAUCCAACCAUGAGCUAGCAGGUAACGUGGGGUUCUUUUUAGAGGGUGGGCAACUCGCGGUUGCUGCCCUCCUUUGGUUUUCCACUCCCACAACUCAUCUCGAGUUUGGCUUAUCACUUGUGUGUUUCCAUCCAAAUAUGGCAGCUUAAAUACGCGUAUGGCUCCUACGAGACGGGGAAGGGAUGUUAAGUCAGUUGGCCCUGUGCAGGGUUCUGCUAGUGGUCUAAGGACUUGUCCUUUCAAAUUUUUUCACGAAUGUAAAGAUGGGAAGCUGGGAUCUGCGGGUUUUUUUCGCCUGCUAGAACACAUGCAAAGCACCCACUUCAAGACUGAAAACCGAAAGCUAACUUUAAAGGAGGCUAUCUCUAGGGACGUGGACCUCUUUUUGGACGUUGGGGAAGUUCUUAGAGCAGGAGACAAAUGGUUGUGUGGCCGCUGCAUGGUCAUGCAUGCUCUCAGUAGAGGGUGCAAGCAUGAUGAUGAGGUCGUGUCGUUUGCCAUAGUCUCGGGGGACGUGGAAGAUUUCAUCGUUGGGAUCCGAAAACCAUGUCAAGUGGUGGUUGACACAAGCCCAUGUCACCCAGCAACGGUCGGGGGUGGUGUUAACCUCCUCGAGCGAGUUUUUUCCCUCCCUAUUCAGACUGUUAAAAGCAUUCCUCCUAGUUGUCGGCUGAUGUUUGCUCAGGUUUUAACAGGUGCAUUGCGCAAAGUGGUUGUGUCACCAGGAUCAGUUGAAAAUUGGGUCCAAUUACUUUUGUUGCCGCGUUGCACCUUACGGGUGGUCAGACCGUCCUCCCGACAAGAACGAAGAUCAGGGAACAGGAAAUCUUUGCAGUAUAAUAACAUCCUGCAUGCGCUUACAAUUUGGAAAGAUGGGUCUGGUUUUGAUGAAUUGGUCUCGUCCCUAGUGGAUAGCGUGGGGGAGGCGGGGACUCUUAGGAGAGAAUGCAGGAUGGAGGGAGACAAAGAUAAGGACCCUAAUAUUAAGCAAUGUCUCCGAAAAGUUAGGGAUGGACAUUUUACGGCUGCAGUUAAGGUCCUAAGCUCCAGUGGAGUCGCCCCUCUAUGUGAUUCGACCUUGAAAGCUCUUAUUGAUAAACACCCUGUGGUGGCGCCCCCUUCCUUGCCUCCCAACCCCCACGCUCAACCCACUCUUGUUGUUGAUGACGAGUGCGUGCUCAAAUGUAUUCGAUCCUUCCCUAAAGGGACAUCGUGUGGUAGGGACGGGAUGCGAGCCCAACACUUGUUAGAUGCUAUCGGGGGUGAGGGAUCAAUGGCUUCCUCGGGUUUGCUAACGGCCAUUACAGAAGUUGUCAACUUAUGGCUUGGAGGAUCCUGCCCUAAGGUGCUAGCAGAGUUUGUUGCCUCAGCCCCCCUUACCCCGUUACUGAAACCCGAUAAAGGAAUUCGACCUAUUGCUGUGGGAGGUAUAUGGCGACGGUUGGUUUCCAAGGUGGCAAUGAAGAAGGUUGGGAAAAACAUGGCUCAGUACUUGGGAGACUUUCAGUUUGGGGUGGGGAUGUCAAACGGUGCAGAGGCGGUGCUUCACAGUGCGAACAGGUUUCUCAACUCCUCUCAUGCUAAUGGUUCCUUAGCCUUGCUUAUUGUCGACUUCUCGAAUGCGUUCAACACGGUUGACCGCACAACCUUCCUGAAAGAGGUUCAUCAACAUUGCCCGUCAAUCUAUCGAUGGGUUCAAUUCCUGUACGCCCAGCCUGCCCGGUUGUAUGUUGGUAAUGAGUGUAUUGGGGCUACUACUGGAGUGCAACAAGGGGAUCCCUUGGGGCCCCUUCUCUUUUCUCUUGCCUUACACCCACUCAUUCUCAGGGUGCAGGACCGAUGUAACCUCCCGUUUCAUGCUUGGUAUUUGAAUGAUGGGACGAUUAUCGGCAAUGCGACGGAGGUUGCUAGGGCCUUACACAUUAUUAACGAGGAAGGGCCAUCCCUAGGACUUCACCUCAACAUUAAGAAAACAGAGGUAUAUUGGCCGACAUGUGAUGGGCAGAAACUUCAGGACGGGCUUUUCCCGAAAGGGAUUGGCAGACCAGAGAGGGGGGUUAAGCUACUGGGUGGAGCUGUUAGCCGUGACCCUAGCUUCGUUGGCGAGUUGGCAGGGCGGCGGGCGACGGGGGCGGUUGAACUCAUGAAACUCUUGCCAUGCCUUAGGGACCCUCAAUGUGAACUCCUUCUGCUAAGAUCGUGCAUGGGGGUUGCUAAGUUACUUUUCGGGCUGCGAACUUGUCAACCAUAUUUGAUGGAGGAUGCAUCAACCCGGUUCGAUGAUGGCCUCCGAGAGGCUAUAGAAGACAUAGUCGUAGGUGGUGGCCCAUUCUUUGGGGACCUCCAAUGGCGUUUGGCAUCCCUGCCAAUGCGUCUAGGUGGUUUGGGUCUGCUCUCAGCUCGAGAUGUUGGGGUUUAUGCUUUUGUGGCGUCCAGAGCUCAGUCUUGGGAAUUACAGGAUCAUAUCCUUCGGAACAGUGGGGUUGUCGAGCUCGACGUGGACUAUCUGCAGGCGCUUGAACGCUUAAAUGUCUAUCUCCCAGACUUUGAUAUCGACGGUUUCUCUAAAAAGGACACCGCCCCCUCGAAACCACAAACAACUUUGGCGAAUGCUCUGUUUAGCAAAAUCGCUCAAAGACUGGGAGAAAAUUUUGAUUUGUCACCUCGCCAAAGGGCGGUGUGGGAGUGCCUGAAUGGUCCCCAUGCUCAGGAUUUUCUGACCGUUAUCCCGAUUGAGGGGCUGGGACAAUGUAUGUCAGCAGUAGAAUACAGAGCAAUCCUUAAAUACCGGCUGAUGAUCCCUAUGUAUCCAGAAGAUGAAACGUGCCCAAUAUGCCGUAAAGCUUGUAUGGAUAAAUACGGAGAGCACGCAGUGCAUUGUAAAGAGCUCCCUGGGUUCAAAUAUCGGCAUGACUGGGUGCGAGAUGUUUUGUGGGACAUUCUGAGAAGAGCUGGGAUUUCAGCUAAGAAAGAGGCUCCUGUGAAUUUCCUUACGGACCCCAUGGAAGGGAGAUCUACUCUGCGACCAGCAGAUCUGCUCGUCUUUGGUUGGGCUAGGGGGAAACACGCUUGUGUUGACCUCACGGGGGUUUCCCCUCUGGUUGGCUUAAGGGAAAACGGGUUUGUAGCUGGUCAAGCAUCAAGAAAGGCAGAAUCGAAGAAAGUUGACAAGCACGCUAAAGCUUGUGCAGAGAACCAGCACGUUUUUGUCCCUUUUGCAUUUGACACAUUUGGCUCUCUAGCGCCAGAAGCUAUCCAAUUCCUGACCAGGGUCCAACGGGUCAUCCACAGCAAUUGCUCGGCACCAAGGGGACGAGAUUUUGUCUUUGGCAGAUUAGGGUUUGCCAUUCAGAAAGGGGUGGCGGCGCAGCUUGUUGCCUGUCUACCUUUUGUUUUGAUGUAACUUGGCAAAUAUGAAUGAAAAAUAUUUAUUUAAAAAAAAAAAAAAAAGUGCAUCUUUACAUCCUUGUUUAUCCUAAUCCAAAAUCAUAGAAAACUACAUGCCUUCUGAUAUUUGUAUAUUUUGUCUCUUCAAUUGUUUUCCUUUUUCAUCGAUCUAACAUUACAGGGGCUGAAGACAAUAAUACUUACGACGUGUUUCUAAGCUUUAAUAUGGAAUCUACAAUACAGGGCAUUUCGUAGGGAAUUUUCGAUGUCGGCCAGCGUGAGCCGAAUGUGGAUUUUUAGGUUGCAGGGUUUCUGAAGUGGGGAGGAAAGAAGCACAUCAAGAUCUGGACUGACUUAAUUGGUACACUCACACUCACCAACAAAUCAAUGACCUGUAAAUCAACAAUUUGGUAACCUAAUCACGAUAAGCUCCACCAUUUCAUUAUUCGUUCAAUCGCCGGAAUCUUCAAGACCGAUAUAUUUGGCGAUUAAUCGAUCUUAAUGAAAAAAUAUCAUCAGCACUUUUUUUCUAAAAUAAGCAGCACACGAGCAUAUAUAAUCAACACUUCAAUGCUUGUGUGCCUUUGUGGGUUCGUUCAUCUUCUGUAUUUAUUAGAUUGUGUGAUGUGAUUGUGGUGAUUACAAAUAUAUUGAUAUAAACACAAACAAAUUGAUAUUUCAACAUUUUAUAUAUAUGAAGGAAACAAGAUAACUAAGUUAGAAUAAAUUGCUAAAUGUAGUUAAAAGGUUGACGGGCUAGUUGUGCAAAUAGACAAAACAUCCACCCGGUGUCACGCCUCUACGUUAAUCUAAAACAUGCUUAUUUCAAUAACAUGCAUUGAAAUUAUUUUUUUAUAAUUUGGUCAGUCUAGCGAAGCCGUACCUUUAUGUUGUACAUUCCGUGGUUUUUAGAAAUUUUCCGACUCGCACCUACAGUUUAACUCGACAAACAUGAACGUUGGUGAUAUUUAAUCCAAACAUGAACGUUGACUAUUUUUAGCAUGUUUCUCAGGUAAUUGAACACUAGUCAUGGAAAAGGAUUUAAGCAUGCAUCUUUUGAAGCUAAAAUACUGAUGGCAGGCCCGGAAGAGGGUAGCCUUCCCUCAAAUGCCUACUCUUAUGGAGCCAUUUGAGGGUAGCCUUCCCUCAAAUGCCGACUCGCAUCUAAAACUUUUUUGCACAGCUUACAUUCUAUUACAUAAUUUAUGGUUACACUUGUACGUUAUAAUGAUAGCUUACAUACAAAAAGCUUAUCUUCUAAUAAAUAUCAAAAACUUUUUCAAAAACAACAUGAAAAAAUAUCAAAAACGUUUUCAUAAACGACAUGAAACGUUGGUGUUUGUCUCUAAAUAAAUCCAGAAACUUUUUCCAAGCUAGGGACCUUUUUGGUAGAUUCUCACUAAUUUUUUUCAAAUCAUAUAUAGGUUUCCACUAAUUUUUUCGAAAUCGAUUGGGUUUCCAAGAACCCCCAAAAACCCCCUGGAUCCAUCCCUCAUAAAUUCUCACCUACCCAAGCAUUACUUCAUUGAUUAUCUUCAUUUGAUGCCACCAGCCUCACUUUAACUCAUCUCCCACAAGCAUUCAAUAGUAGUAAAUGAAGUAUGUAACAGUCCACACCUACUUAGAAAAUAAAUUUUGAGUUUAAAUCAACAUCUUCAACUUCUAAGAUUAGCCAUCUUUUUUUUUUACUUCUAAGAUUAGCCAUCUUUUUUUUUUUUACUUCUAAGAUUAGCCAUCUCUCACCUUUUCCAUGCCACUCACUCGAACUCUAUUCAGUGGCGGAACUAGCCCAAAAAGUUAGGGGUAUCCUAAUUUUUUUUUUUUAGGAUCAGGGGUAUCCUUUAUAUAACAGAAACGGAGUUAAGGGGUAUUUUUACACUACGAAAAUAGAGUUAAGGGGUAUUUUUACACUACGGAGACAGGAUUGAGGGGUAGCCCGUGCUACCCCUAUUUACACACUAAGUCCGCCACUGACUCUAUUGAAGUAGUGAAAAUCACUCAAACUAGAUUAAGUAGCACCAUCAUUCAUUUCUAUGAUCCAGCAUCAAAAGUCCAAAAAAAAUCAUUAUUAUCUUUUUCAUAUGUUCAUUUUUUAGUUCAAGUCCAUGCUCACUACUUCUUUAAAUUGGAAUCCACAACCUAGAAACUUCAUGGCUUUUGAUAUUUCUACAUUCAUUAAUCUUUCCCAUCUUCCUAGUUUGAUCUAACAUUACGCUGACUAAUGGCAAUAGUUAUGACGUGUUUCUGAGCUUUAACAUGAAUUCUACAAAGAAAACCUCUGCAACUCUAUGUAGCCCUCUUCUCCGCCGAAAAUUUUCUUUCAGGUAUGCUUAUAAUCUUCAUAGUUGGGUUUGGAUUCAUGUAAAACCAUUUACAUGUGCAAAAGAAUUUGAUCAAACAGUAUUUAAAUAAGAUGUAAACAUUUUUUUCUGGUUAGGUGACAUUAAAUACAUGUGAAUAAAAUUUGAUUAAAAGAGUUUCAUUUUGUUGCAUUUAUCAUGAUAAAAUCACUAGUUGUUGCACUUUCAUUCACAUUUGGAUAAAAAGUUUAUAAAAGUUUAUUAUUGUUUUUUUCAAAUAGGACGAUUGAUGUAAUAUUAUAGUUUCAUAUUAAAAAAAAGUUCAUAUACGUUUAACGUAAUUUUUAUGGAUAUAUGGAUCGGUCUGAUGUUAGUUCUCACCAGUAAAUUGACUUGAAGUCCUUCUCAACAAGUCAGCUAGCUUGUUCUUUUAAGUCACCCUAGCAUGUUCUUCCAUGUCAUCUUAGAUCACGGGAUGUGGGCUCGACAAGAUAGUCAGGGAGUCCGACGUGGACUCAGUGGCAAGGCAUGCAAUUUUUCUAAGUUAUUAUAAUCAAAUAUUUUGUUUGUGUGAAUUAUCUAUGUUGAUCAUCCCGUAGGUGUCAGAUUUUCAAGCCAUGAUGACUUUAGUAGUUUUCCUUUCUGUGUGACUUAAAUUGCACAGAGUAUGCAUCGUAUAAGCAAGAAGCACCUAAGGUGAAGCAAGACCUUGAGGAUAUAGCGAAUGGAGAGACUAUGAAGAUGACGAUGAGUCGAUGAUGAAACUUGUAUCAAUUGUGCAACCCAAAGAUGGUUCCAUGUUGUGUAACGUGUUACAAUGUGUUUAAGAAGUAAUGAAAAUGUUGUCUUUCGGUGUUAA